AUGAAGAAGGGGUUUGAGAGCCGAUACAAGAUGUCGCACUCAUUCGAGUCGCGCCAAAAGGAGGCGGCAAAAGUUCGUGAACGACAUCCUGACAGGCUUCCCAUUAUCUGCGAAAAGGUGGACGACUCCGACAUUGGUGAUUUGGAAAGGGGUAAAUUUCUCGUGCCGUCGGAUCUCACUGUCGGGCAAUUUGUACUGGUGCUUCGGAAGCGUGUGACGGUGGAGGUGGAUGAGGCGAUUUUUCUUUUUGUCAAUGGCGCUGUGCCUCCCACCACUGCACAAAUGUCUGAUUUGUACGCGCAGCACAAGGACGAGGACGGUUUUCUUUACAUAAAGUACUCGGAAGAAGCAACCUUUGGUUCUCGGUGA